AUGCUGCUCCCACCUGAGGCACAGGGCCAUGCUCCCCCGCUCUACAGUGCUUCCUUCGCUGGUGAAUACUUUGAUAGAUUUGGCCAAUCACAUUCCGCCCCGCCCGAUCUCAACAACCGACUGGGCCGUAUCCAUCCGCAUGAGGACGCCGCCAAAAAACCCAAAUCGGAACGCGCAACCGUCACACCGUCGGCGCUGCAUGAAGCUCCUGCUACGACCACUCCUGCGGUAGCAACACCUGUCGUGAAAGCCAAUAAGACAGCGGUGUCUGGCAGCGGGAAGGUGGACAAGGCCAGUUUCAGCAAGAUGUUUGACCAUCUGGAUGAUGAUAAUUCCUUCCUCGAGAAGUGCUAUCAAAAUAACUGCGCUAACCAGUGCCCCGGCGGGGUCUACAAACUCAGCCCUGCUACGGGUUGUUUAACCUGUGACUGCUGUGAGGACGUUACCUGCUAUCAGUACUGUGAACACGGAUACGAAGCGGACGAGGAGGGAUGUCCAGUUUGUGAAUGUGCUCAGACCUUGGAAGAUGGCGGCUUUUUGCUAUGA